AUGUACACCAACCAGACAGCCACGGAGCUUGAACUAUUUCGAUGCACAUCUUCUGGAAUUCUCGAGGCAAUGAAUUCAAUUUGGAUAAAAAUCAACUUUUUUCUAUCAACUUCAAUUAUUCUACUCACUUUUUUCGCGAGUAUUUAUGCAGUACGGGUACUGAAAUUCCAUAAUGUAUAUUCAAGUGGAACACAAUUUUUAUUAUUUUCUCUUUUGAUCAGUGUAAAUUUCAAUCAAAUGGUUUAUCUGGUUAUUCAGGUCCGCCUCCAAAUUCAAAUAUGGAAAUAUUCCGACGAUCCGUGUCAAAUCGAAUUCCCAAGUACUGAAUGUUACUAUGAUAAUAGUCUAUACAUGUUCACCUCAUAUCUUGUCACGUGGCUAGUUUUUUCACUGACUUUUGAUCGAUUCUUGGCGUUUUGUCUGCUAAAAUUAUAUAGCAAGCCGCAAAUUUCAAGGAAUGUCUCGAAAGUGUUGGUUGGAAUGUCUUUAAUCUUUACAUUCAUUGGGCAUAUUCUCGUUUACGGAGGAGUCUCUCGUGCUGGAUAUGUACCAACAUGUCAGUAUCCACCACAAUUAGCAUUGGGUGCAUUUCAAAAGAUGACCCAUCUGAAAAUUGUAUUCACUAUUUUGAAUUGUGUGGUUAUACUUAUAUUGUUAUGUUUUAUUGUUAAACGGGAUAGAAGAAUUUGUCACAGCAUAUACGACACGAACACCAGAUACUCAUCAUUUGAAAAUGUGCUGACUACAAAAUCAAUUCUCGUGAUUGCAGUCACUCAUCUCAUAUUUUCUUGCCUUUCUUCUGUCGCAGUUACAAUUGCUCGUGCCUUUGAAAUUGGAUUAUCAGAGUACACUUUUCAUACAAUGACCCAAUUCAUUGCUGGUCCACUCUACGGUAACCUAUCAAUACCGGUUCUGAUUUACCGGAAAACAUCUCAAUGCAUUGAAUAUCGAAGAAAAACUAUAAUAAAGUUAACUACACAGGCAGAUGAAGUCGACUCGAGGAUGAUGUCAUUGAAGAAAAUGUGGGAGUAA